AUGGUCUCAGUCCGUUGGUUGUUUUCAGGUGUGUUGGGAAAUUGUCCUUUGGUACAACCACCACAAUGGGGUGCGGUACGAGAAAGGGUCCUCGAAGACGGUACUCUACAGACCGUAUAUUCCUGCGAGGAAGGUCGCAGACUAAAAGGACACAAGGUAGCCACUUGUACGGUGAACGGUUGGGAUCAUCCCGUACCCGAGUGCGUACUUUUAGGAAACAAGUGGCAACAUUUUCGAAACGAUCUAUACAUGGGUGAUGAGCCAAGUAGAAAUUUGAGAAGUGAUCCUACGAGGAAGCAACGAGUUCAGGCUCGUAAGAGGUUAGGCGAGUUGAAGAGGCGUAGGAAAACGAAGGAUAAGAGGAAACAAGUGCCAGAGAAAUCUCUAUUGGGAGUAAACCCGUCGGUGUCGGAUGUCGGUGGCUUGAACGAAACUUUGAUGUCGAGAUUGGAUCUAAGUUGUCUCAUGAAGGCUCGUAGAAAGGUUCUUAUCAAAGCACCCUCGGUCGUUAAUGCUCAGCCUCCGAGAUAUGCUAGGAGAACGAAUGCUUUACCACCUUUCAAUCGAUACUUCGUAGCAGUUUAUGAAUGCAUGAAGGAAUUCGUUUUCGAGGAUUCGAUGGCUGAUAGACUUUUUUGUAGCGAAUCAACUUGGCUCGGUCGUGUUCCGAAAUGCGUGAAAAAAGAAGAAACGAUAAUCGAUAACGUGCUACGUUGCAAUCAGGAGAGGGCUGGUUGCGAACACGUAUGCGAAGAUACACCGAUUGGUCCAAAGUGUUCCUGUUUCGAUGGUUUUCGAAUCAAUGGUACCACCUCCUGCAUAGACGUAGACGAAUGUUCAGAAGGUUUGAUCAAGUGUUCAGAUUUAUGUCUGAACGAUCCUGGCUCUUACCACUGUGAAUGUCAUUCUGGAUUUCAGCUGGCAUCUGAUGGACAUACUUGUCAAGAUGUUAACGAGUGUCUACUGAACAACGGACGCGGCCCUUGUCAAGGUACCUGUCGCAAUCUCGAAGGUAGCUACGAGUGCAAUUGCACGGAUAUUCCUGGAUUUAAAUUGGCAUCGGACAACCAUACUUGCGAGGACAUCGACGAGUGUGCGAAUAACAACGGUGAUUGUUCUCACGUUUGUUUGAACACACCAGGAAGUGUAUUUUGCCUUUGCCCGGAUGGUUUUUAUUUGACCAACGAUUUGAAGACUUGUCAAGACGUAAACGAGUGCGAAAACGUUUCCAAGGUUUGCCCGGAAGACACCAAUUGCGAGAACACGAUUGGUUCUUACAAAUGCAUCAAUAAACCGAAAAAAAUGACUAAGGUAUUGCAAGACCAGGAUUAUGACACCGAAAAUGACGACGAGGAUGACGACGAUGAUUAUAACGAGAGUUUAACCGAAUUACCGGAAAUAGGUAAAUGCGAGGAUGGUUAUAGGAAAGAUGAUAAUGGAAAUUGCGUUGACAUAAACGAGUGUGUCGAAGGUAUCGAUGGUGAGACUCACGGUUGCGAACACGAGUGUAGAAACGAGGAAGGUAGUUAUCAUUGUAUUUGUCGGGUUGGUUAUCAAUUGGAAGAAGACGAGGUGUCUUGUAAAGAUAUAAACGAGUGUAGAAAGUCACCGUCACCUUGUUCUCACAAUUGCACCAAUAUCGAGGGAUCCUUCGUCUGUUCUUGUCCAAUGGGAUUUGUAUUGAAAGAAGACAACGUCACGUGUUUGGAAGAUAGAACCUGUUCGUCCAUGAAUCCUGCUUGUUCACAGGAUUGUCAUGAUACUAUGGAUGACGGUGGUCCUAAAUGCAUUUGUUAUCCUGGAUAUCAGCUGUUAGAAGACAAUAUAACAUGCAUCGAUAUUGACGAAUGUAUGGAAGACAGAUCACCUUGUUCGCAUAUUUGCGUUAAUUUACAGGGCAGUUUCGUAUGUAAGUGUCCCAGUGGUUUCGUUUUAUCCGAUCAGGACAAAUUCAAUUGCACGGACGUUGACGAGUGUAACGAGCCGAAUGUUCACGGAUGCGAACACGAGUGUAUUAAUAUACGUGGAAGUUACGAGUGCGUUUGUCAGGAUGGUUAUGUUCUAAGUGAUGAUCGAAAAAGUUGCGUUGACGUGGACGAGUGUAAUACGAUAGAUCAAAAUCGUUGUUCUCACAAUUGUACUAAUGUUUUAGGAAGUUAUUAUUGUACAUGUCCGAACGGUUACGAGUUGAUAAAUGAAUUUGAUUGCAAGGACGUCGACGAGUGUGUCAAAGGAAUUCAUAGUUGUUCACAUGACUGCGUUAACUUGGAAGGUGAUUACGAGUGUACCUGUCCUAAUGGUUUUAAGCUCGACGAUGAGAGACAUUGUCGUGACGUUAACGAGUGUUUAGAAAAUCUUCACGAUUGUUCCCACGAAUGUAGAAAUACCGAAGGUUCUUACGAGUGCAUUUGUCCACCGGGAAUGUUUAACAACAAUACUAAAAAUCUUUGCGUAUCUCUUAUGAAUAUCUGCGACAACGAUAACGCUGGUUGUUCACAUUCCUGUGAAAUAUACGGUGAUACUUACAGAUGCGUUUGUCACGAGGGUUAUUUAUUACAAGAUGAUGGAAAAACGUGUUUGGAUAUGGACGAGUGUCUCGAGGAUGAACACGAUUGUUCCCACGAAUGCGUUAAUACUCUUGGUAGUUACAAAUGUACUUGUCCACCUGGUUUAGAAUUACUCGAAGAUGGUUUAACGUGUAAAGAUGAAAAAUGUGAGAAUGGAUUUCGAAGGGAUAGCCAUAACGUUUGUCAAGAUAUCGACGAGUGCGACGAAGAGGAUCACGAUUGUUCUCACUUUUGUAUCAACGUGUACGGUUCCUAUCAAUGUUCUUGUCCAAUCGGUUGGAUUUUAGGGGAGGAUCGUAUAACUUGUAUCGAAUCGAAUCCAUGUUUAAAUGCUACUUGUUCGCACGCGUGUUUACCGCAAGGUUCAGCAACCUUUAAAUGCGAGUGUCCUGUUGGAUAUGAAAUCGAUGAAAGUGGUAUGAAAUGUAAGGACACGGACGAGUGUGCGAACGAUAAAAGAAAUAACUGUAGUCAUAGUUGCAAGAACGUGGAGGGUUCGUACGAGUGUCAUUGUCCGAAAGGAUACGAACUCGACCAGGACAAUAGCACUUGUAUCGAUGUGAACGAAUGCGAGAACGGGGAGCACGAUUGCGACGAGCACUUAUGCGUAAAUCUCGAGGGCAGCUAUAAUUGCACUUGUCCAGAGGGUUUCUUUUAUUCUGAAGAAGAACACAUUUGCGAGGACAUAGACGAGUGUUUGAGGAAUAACGAGUACAAACACAAUUGUUCCCACGAAUGCGUAAAUACGAUUGGUACCUACAAAUGUGUCUGUCCUAUCGGUUGGAAACUCAAGGAAGACGAACGUACGUGCAAGAUCGUUGACCCGUGUACCAGUGAUCAUGGCUGUUCUCAUACGUGCGAACAGGAGAAUGGAGAGAUUCGAUGUGGUUGCCCUGAAGGAUUCGAUAUUUUAGAGGAUGGGAAAACCUGUCGGGAGAUAGACGAAUGUUUGGAAGGGUUUCAUGCAUGUUCUCAUAUUUGUAAAAAUGUCGAGGGUGCAUAUUACUGCGAGUGUCCAACGGGAUACAAAUUAUCGACCGACGAAAGGACAUGUGUUGAUAUAGACGAAUGCUACCUGGAAACGAAAAUCUGUUCGCAAUACUGCAACAACACCGAAGGCAGUUUUCACUGUACCUGUCUAGAUGGAUAUGAAUUAUCCGAAGAUCAACGUACUUGCAAGGACAUAAACGAGUGUUCGAGGAAUCUACACAAUUGUUCGCACGAGUGUGAGAAUCUCUUAGGUAGUUAUAUUUGUUAUUGCCCGGAAGAUUUGACCUUGGACGUGGAUAAAAUUACUUGCAUCGAUUUGGACGAAUGCUUGGGGAUUAACAAUUGCACCCAUAUUUGCGUAAACAUUCGUAAUGGUUACAAGUGCGAAUGUCCUGAUGGUUUCACGUUGGAACCGGACGGUUGGUCGUGUACUAAAGUCGACCAUUGUGAAACGGAUCACGGUUGCUCGCACGAAUGUAUCAACGAAUCGAAUGGUUUCAAGUGCGGAUGUCCCAUGGGAUACGCAUUGUCGUCGUUGGAUAAUAAAACUUGCGCGGACGUUAACGAGUGUUUGGAAACCAACAACGAGAUUAGCGAGCCGUGUUCGCACGAUUGUGUUAACACGAUUGGAAGUUACGAGUGUCUAUGUCCUAAAGGAUAUCAAAUUGGUAAAGAUAAGAAAACUUGCGAGGAUCUGAACGAAUGUAUCGAAGAAAACGGCGGUUGUUCGCAUUUUUGCGCAAAUACCGAGGGUAACUACGAGUGCGCUUGUCCGGACAACUACAAACUACUCGAGGACGAUGGAAAAACUUGCGUUGAGAUCGACGAGUGUUUGAUCGACAACGGCGGAUGCUCUCACUUCUGUCAAUACGAGAACGGAAACGUGUCCUGCUCUUGUCCCGAAGGAUUCAUCCUGGACGACGUGGAGAAUAAAUUUUGCACGAACGAGGACAAAUGUAUCGUAGAUAACGGCGGUUGUUCCGACAUUUGUUAUUCUCUAAACGGUACCGUAACGUGCGACUGUUCCUCGGGAUUUCGUUUGUCCGUCAAAGACAAUGUAAAUUGUUUAGACGUAGACGAGUGUUUAGAAAUGAAAGACAAUUGUACACAAAAGUGUGUUAACAUAGUAGGUAGAUACAAGUGCGACUGUUACGAGGGUUUCCGAGUUAAUCCCGACGAAUUAAGUUUCUGCGAUGACAUAGACGAGUGUCAAGAAGAAAAUGGCAAGUGUACACAUUCCUGUUCUAAUACGGUUGGUUCAUAUCGAUGCGAUUGUCCAACAGGUUACGAUCUUCAUUCGGAUAAUAGGACGUGCGUUUUGAUCGAUGGUUGUAAACGUGACAAUGGAAAUUGUUCUCAUCAUUGUCACCAUGACGAGAAUACAGGGAAGACUCGUUGCUCGUGUCCGUUGGGAUUUAGAUUGAAACAUGAUCACCAUAUUUGCGAGGAUAUAGACGAAUGCGAGGAGUUUGAGAAUGACGUUGAUACCGGUUGUUCUCAUGCUUGCGUUAAUACCGAGGGUGGUUACCAUUGCGAAUGUCCUCCGGGUUAUAUUCUCAUGCCGCAGGACAAGAAGAGUUGCGUAGACGUAAAUGAGUGCCUUACUAUCGAGCACAAUUGUACCCACGAUUGUUUGAACCUUCUUGGUAGCUACAUAUGCACGUGUUACGAAGGACAUUAUUUGCAUACAGACAAAUCCUCUUGUUUGGACAUCGACGAGUGUCUCGAAUUAAACGGUGGUUGUUCCGAUACCUGCACCAACACGAUCGGCGGCCACUUUUGUAGUUGUCCCGAUGGUUACGAGCUCGGCCAGGAUGAGAAAAAUUGCGUGGACGUUAACGAAUGCGACAAGGGACUCGCCGAUUGUCCCGAUACGUGCAUCAAUACACCAGGCUCGUUCAAAUGUCAGUGCCCGGAUGGUCAUAUCCUUGCUAAUGAUUCUCGAAGUUGCAUCGACGUUGACGAAUGUCAAAUCGCGAACGGCGGCUGCACGCAUGCUUGUUUCAACAUAAUCGGUGGCGUACGUUGUAGUUGUCCCGUUGGUUUACGUUUAAACGAUGAUGGAAAAACUUGUCACGAUAUCGAUGAAUGUAGCAUCGAUAAUGGCGGUUGUUCGGACGUUUGCGUUAAUCUCGAAGGAAGUUUUUCUUGUCGUUGUCCGGACGGUCAUAAUCUCGAUGAAAAUGAUUUGAAAACUUGUACGGACGUUAACGAAUGCGAAAUAGAAAAUGGUUCUUGUUCGGAUAUUUGCGUAAAUAUCGAAGGUAGUUACAAGUGCGAGUGUUUCAGUGGUUAUCGAUUAUCCGAUGAUGAUAAAACUUGCGUUGACAUUAACGAGUGCGAAAAUGAUAACGGUGGAUGUUCACACGCUUGCAUCAAUAAACCAGGAUCUUUCCUUUGCGAUUGUCCUAAAGGAUACCAGAUCAAGAAUAAGACCUGCCAUCAUUCAAAUCCUUGCAUGAUCAAUAAUGGUGGUUGCGAACAGAUAUGCAAUGACGAGGCCGGUACGGCGAUAUGCACUUGCAAGGAGGGAUUUCAGUAUGACAAGUCUAACAGCUCGAUGUGUCACGAUGUGGAUGAAUGCUCUGGUCGGCACGGAUGUGAGCAUACUUGCAUUAACACUAUUGGAUCUUACACGUGUGGAUGUUGGGAAGGUUAUCAAAUGCAGAACUCUACUACUACUACUACUACUACUACUACAACUACUACUACUUGCGUAGAUAUCGACGAGUGUGCAUCGGGAAUAUGCAAGACGAGUAAAUGCGUCAAUACAUUGGGCAGCUAUCGUUGCGAAUGCGACGAAGGAUAUCGAUCCGAGGAUGACACUUGUGUAGAUAUAAACGAAUGCGAGUGGCGUAACGGUAGAUGCGAACAGGAAUGCAUUAACACUGUGGGAUCCUUCCUGUGCAACUGUCGAUCGGGAUACGAGUUCAAUCACAGGAACAGAAGUCAGUGUCAAGAUGUAAACGAAUGCUUGAACCGGAACGGUGGUUGUAACGGGGAGUGCAUUAACACGCUAGGAAGUUACUAUUGUACGUGCAACGGCGAUUUAGUAUUGUCUUCGGAUGAGAGAACUUGCGUCUCGUCGGAAUCUAAGUGUCCUGCGAUGGAAUUACCCUUGCACGCUGAGAUAAGAUGUCCUGGAUAUUAUUCGGGUGCGAACGAUUAUCCGCAAGGUGCCAGGUGUCACAUUAGAUGUCGACGAGGAUUUAAAUUGGAAGGACCUCACACGAGAUAUUGCGUGACCGGUGGUAGAUGGAACGGAAAAGAACCGGUGUGCCUUCGUGAAUACUCGGUCGUUGAUUCUCGCUACGAUCUAGACAUGCCAAGGCCGUUUGUGAGAUGCCCACAGGACAUGGAUGUGGAGUUACCUGCAAGGCAGAAUACGAUACGUGUUUCCUUCCCACAACCAAAGUCCAACAUGAAUUGGUGGAGAUACGUUGACGCUUCACCUUCAUGGGCCAAACAGUUACAAGCCGAUCUUCCGGCAGGUACCACCAUUGUCACUUUUACAGCUUGGUCACCUGUAUCCAAUUAUACGAGCACUUGUAGAAUCGUCAUACGUGUUAGAGACACUGAGAAUCCAAAAGUUUCAACCUGCCCGACAUCCUUUGAAGUACGCUUAAGUCCAGGUGAACCAAAUCGUUUGAUAUUCUGGCAGGAACCGACAUUCACUGACAACGUCGGAGUUGAACGAAUUUACAAAACGAGGGAACCAGGACAACUGAUGUAUCCCGGAGUUCACAACGUACGUUAUAUCGCAUCCGAUGCUGCGGGAAAUCAAGCAGAAUGCCAUUUCUCCGUACACGUUCGAGAAUCCGAUCAACGACAGGAUGCUGAGCCAAGAGUCUACCGUAGAAAAAUGUUGAUGUGUCCCGGAAGACCACCACAACCUAUGCCAACUUCUUCUUAUGGGGUGAGAGAGAGUGCGUGCCGACCUUUACCGGUUCACGUUAUUUUCUAUUUCACGCGCUUGGAAAACGAGGACGUAGUGAAAGUCGAAUCGAAUAUACAUGAAAAUGAUGAUCAUCGUGAAACUGGACGUAGUAUUCGAAGUUCGGAGGAACGUAUACGCCGAGCUGUGGUGAUGCAUUAUCCUGCACCUAUACCAAUCGAUUCAAGUUCGAGCUCGGAUUACGAUCUUCGAUUUAGCAGUUCAAAUCGUAGAACAGUAUCCACGCCAAAUCUUUGUUCAAACAGUGCAGGAGAUGGACUUGGCCACUAUGAAAAUUACUAUGAUCAUCAUAAUAAUAAUCAUCAUGAUAUGUCUUCAUGUAAUCCUGAAUUAUUAAACGAUAUCAAUAUGAAAAUAAAAUUAGAAAAGGAAGUACCCGUAGAAAGAUCAUCAUCAUUCGUUGUAACCAAUUCGGAAGUUCCCAUAAUCGAUAUAUCGACGUUCAAUUACAACGCAUAUAGGCACAAAUUAAUAGAAGCUAAUUUGAAAAAACAUUAUAAGAAUAAUCAACCACCCGGUGACGUUAUAUUCAAUUCUAUACAUUUAAAUACGAUAGAUUCGACACUCGGAAUAAAAUUGAACGAACAAUACCAUCACAGUUUCUUUGAUUUCGUCGAAGAGUAUUAUGACGCGACAAUUGGUAUGAGCAAAAAAGAAAUGGAGUUUCUUCACCCGUUGGAUCAUUUUCUCGUUAAGGGUAUACGCCAAAAGGAAACCGAUGAGAAAGGUACGGAAACGUUGAAUCUUUCUAACAAUGAGAAAACUACGAGGAUAGAUCGAGUUAAGGAUAUCGAUGAGAAGAUAUCGAUUAAUCGGCGGGUCUUAGAUAAGAAUGGAAAUAUUUCACGAACGUCUAAGGUCAAGAAUUUGUCGAGUAGUUUAUCAAAGAGAAGAAAAGAAGAAGAUUCGAGUGGGAUAAAUUCGAACGUCGAUCAAGUACAAACAAGAAAGUACCUUUUAACUAAGUCUGUUAACGGUAACGAUACACUAAACUCACCGAGUAAGAGUAAAUUGCUAUCGUCUAUCGUCAAAGCCGAUAAGGACUCUAUUAACCUAAGUUCCAUCAGUUCGAGCGAGUUUGGAAGUACUCGUGACGUUAUUUCGAAUCACUCGCGUGAUUUCUCAAUUCCGUCAGGUUCCAGAGGUCGUACGCCAACCCGAAAACUUUUACCAUGGAUCACUGGUAAUACAUCGUUCUCGUUCAAUAGAAAAUAUGGAAACAAGAAUACAGAUAUUUCGGAUAAAUUGAAAAAAGGAACUAUACACUCAAGUGAACGUUCUUCCAAUUUCGGUUCAAGGCCAACCACACCGAGGCCAAGAUCAGCGAAUUUGACUUUAACGUCUAAAAGAAAAACGAAGGAUAAUCUUAACGUCGUUGAACCUAAAGAAAGUUUAAAAGCUUUCGAGGAUUACACCGUUAACGGAAAAGGUUCGAUCCCGGCAGAGAUUUGUUCGGAUUUUAUCGAAUCUUCUUUCACUUUGGGAACCCCAAUAACACCAGCCUCGACCUUGCCUUCCAGCAAUUCUUCAAGACUAGUUCCUAAGUUACUAGGUGGUUCCUUUGAAAACGAUGACUCUAAGAGAUCCAUGUUCGAAAACGUAUCUGCCAAAAGUUACCCCAAGUUUCAUGAGAAGAAUAAUAAACGUGAUCGAAGGAAUCAAGAAUCAAGAAGGCAAAUAAUACCAGACAAACUAGAAAAUACUAAUCCUAGUAACCAUCUUAAUAAUAAAGGAAUUGCCAAGGUCAAUUUGAAUAGCAAUAGGAGAAAAUCCAAUUAUUCGAUUAAAUCUUGCGAGACGACUAUCGAUAAAAAUUUAACGAUGUCGAAUAUUUUGGGGAAACAAAUAGCGGAGAUUAAUCAAAUCGAAUCUAAGAACGAAUCUGUAUCACGUAGUCGGAAAUAUAAUAAUAAUAAAAAUAAUAAUAAUCAGGAUAAAGGUAGAAGCGAUGUUAUUUUGAAAAAAGAAUCUAAGAAAUUUGGCGAAUUAAGCAAUUCACCGGAUAAAAAUGUUGAAUUCUCGCAAGGAUAUAAAUCAUAUCGUUUCUCGAGUACCAAGACGGAGGAUACUUCACGAUCGGUUAUUCUUCAAUCGAGGGACACUUUAGUGUUGGCUACGAACGAUUCGCGAAUCGAGAAACAUCAUUCGAAUGAAAAGAAAUUAGAUAAAUUAUCGGAACUUCGAUCUAAUCGUGCUGACUCGAGUAUUGGUUUUGCCGUGCAAACUGGUUUAAAGAAUUACAUUAAAACGUUGAAAGAACUUUUGAAAAAUGAAGGAAACCUAGAUUCCGUUGAUUUGGCUUCUUUGAGUUUGAAAGAUGCUAUCUCGCCGGAACUCGAAUCGAUACUUUCCGUUUCGGAAUUGAAAGAAUUGCAGGAUUUGUUAAACGUUGCCGAAAUCAAAUCAAAUAUAACUAACAAAAGUGUCGCUUAA